CGCUUGCAAUUUCGACGUGACAGCCGCAAAGUCAGUCUUUACAACCGCUCAAUUGCUAUGUCGAGGCUAUAUACUAUCGAGAAUCACAAUAAAAUGGGUCGCUAUCUAGUAGCUACAACUGGGAUUGGUCUCUGCCGCACUUUCAUAUCUGAUCUGCACGCUUCUCCGCUCCGGAUCUCAGAGAUCAGAUGAUACCCCGAAGCACCGAGGACCUCUAUAAAGAUCGCUUACCCGUCGAUCGAUGCCUGCUCUCUCCGUAACCAGAUCCGACCAUGACAGCUGCAAAGUCAGUCUUUACACCCGCUCAAUGGGAAGUUCUCGAUGCCCUCCUCGACACGAUUAUCGCUCCUCUCACCGAUGAGGAAAUCAAUUCCCUCAAAUCGGAUACGACAGCAAGGUCAAUCGCGUCUGAGCGUGACACGGAGGCUGUCACUGCCUUUCUUCGUCAAUCCGCGACGUCGGCGCCUGGGUUCCGUCAGCGCAUCGAGGGUGUCUUUCGAGACUGCAUCGCGCCGGACGCAAUCGCCGAAGCAGCCCGUACGUUCUCGAUUCUACGCACGAUACCAGGAUCACUCAUCCUCACCGGCUCAACAACACCCAUCCACCUCCGUACGCGCCACGAGCGGGAGAAGAUCCUACUGCAAUGGUCGAACAGCCGCUUCGCGAAGAUUAGGGGACUCUACGCGACUGUAAAGGGCUUAGCUACGAAUACGUUCGUCAAGAGUGCGAAUGAGACCUUGAAGGCUCUUGGCUAUGAAGCACGCGACGCAGACGCUGAUCAUCCGGAGCGGUAUACAGCCAAGACAUUCCCAACCUACAAAUUCCUCUCCCUCGACGGCGACGGCGACGACGUCGAACUCACCUACGACGCCGUAAUUAUCGGCUCCGGCUCCGGCGGCGGCGUAACAGCCGCCCGCCUCGCUCAAUCCGGCCAUCGCGUCCUCGUCCUCGAAAAAGGCCAGUUCUUCCCGUAUGACAAACUCACCCUAUCCGAAGCCGAAGCACACGACAAAAUGUAUCAAUCCAGGGGAACUUUGUUUUCGGAUGAUGCGAGUACGUUCACGUUGGCGGGAUCCACGUUCGGUGGUGGGAGUACGGUUAACUGGAGUGGGUCACUACAGACGCAGGCAUAUGUGCGAGAAGAAUGGGCGAGGGAGGGAUGUACGUUUUAUCGUGAGCCCCUCUACCAGGAAGCGUUGGACCACGUGUGUCACCGUAUGGGCGUGUCCGAUAAGCAUAUUCGGCACAAUCCCGCAAACCAGACCUUAGUGGAGGGAGCGAGAAGACUCGGAUACCCCGUCGCCAAUAUCCCCCAGAAUACGAUGGGGACGGAACAUUGGUGUGGGUAUUGUGGACAUGGGUGUAGGUUUGGGGAAAAAGCUGGGGGAGUCAUGACGUGGUUGAAGGAUGCGGCGGAUGCGGGGGCGGAGUUUGUGUGCGAGGCUGAGGUGGAGAAGGUCGUUAUUGAGAAGGGGAGGGCGAAGGGUGUUGUUUGUAGAGUGAAGAGGGAGGAUGGGAAGGAGGUGGUGUUGAAGGUGAACGCAAAGACUGUCGUUGUCGCGGGUGGAUCUCUCAAUUCGCCGCUCAUCUUGAGGAGGUCGGGGUUGAGGAACCUACAUAUCGGUCGAAACCUUCAUUUACACCCAGUUAUUUGCGUUGCGGGUUUCUGGGACUCAAAGCGUACAGAACCCUAUAAAGGCGGGAUCAUGACCGCCGUCUCCCCCAUCGUCGAAAACCUCGACCAUCAAGGCCACGGCCCCAAACUCGAGUGUCUCUCCAUGCAACCCGCUCUCGCUGCCGCCGUAUUUCCCUGGAAAGGCGCAAAAGAAUACAAACGCCUCUGGACGCGGUAUGAUCAGUGCGUGGGGUAUAUCUCGUUAACGAGGGAUCGCGAUUCGGGACGCGUGUUUGAGGAUGAGAAGACGGGGAUAGUGAGGCUUGAGUAUACGCCGAGUGCGUUUGAUAGGGGGAAUAUGCUCGAGGGGGCGAUCAAGAUUGCGGAUUGUCUUGUUGCGGGUGGGGUUGAUGAAAUCGUGCUCUCCACCGCUGCCCCAACUUUCCGAGUUGACCACGCCUCUGCACUCGGAAUCGCUGAUCCAAACUAUGUCAAGUGGGUCGAGGAAGUUAGGCGUAUGGGCGUCGUUCCGCAACGCGAUGGGGUCGGGUCUGCGCAUCAGAUGGGUACGUGCAGGAUGAGUCGUGAUCCGUCCAAGGGUGUGUGUGAUACGAAGGGGAAGGUGUGGGGAGUGGAGGGACUGUGGGUUUCGGAUGCGAGUGUGUUUUCGAGUGCGAGUGGGGUGAAUCCGAUGGUUACGACGAUGGCGACAGCGUAUUAUAUUGCUGGGAAGGUUUUGGAGGAGAUGGAGGGGGGUAGAGAUGGUAAAGGGUUGCAAUUGGCGAGGCUUUAGACGGUUGUUGAUGAAAGAGUAGAAAGACAGAUC